ACACACAGUACAAUACAAUCCAAGUAAGCGCAACACAUUCAGGUGUGAUGCUGAUGACACUAAAAACGAGUAUGUUGUCAUUUGUUUUUUUUUUAUCGAAAAUUGCGGUUAUCCAAAAAAUAAAACCAUUUGUUUAUACAAAUUUGGUAGCGUGUGUGCACAGCUAAUAGGCUCAUAAUUUCGUGUUUCUUACGAUAAUAUCGGCUCAGUUUAUAGUUUAAAUCGUCACCAUAAUUGGCUUGCAUCCAAAAAUAAGGGAGAGAAGACACUUUGCAGGUUUCCGAUAAUUUGUUUUAUUUUUAUUACAUUUUGUGUUCCAAGUUCAUUGCUUGCAAUCCGAUUAUUAUUUGAGUGAACCAAAUGUGAAAAAAAAAUUCGGUUGAACAUUUUUUCCCACUAUUUUCGAUUCGAUGAUGAAACGAGUUUUUUUUAAAAUGGUAUUCAACCAAAAUUUUCCAUUGCGUUAUCGUUGUUCUGUUAGAAUUUUUCAGAGAUGGUUCAUCGUUUACCAUAAGUGUAUGGAAAUGUGUAUCGGUAUAUACUAAAACGUAUACCUUUGCGUUUAACGCGUUGAGCGCAUGCGUCAGCUACUACUUUUGUGACAGCGAACGCAAAGGUAUAUCAAUGUAUAUAUACUGUUCUGUACGGAGUACAGUAAAUACAACGAAUUGAUAUACAUAUACUCCAUCUCUGGAAUUUUUCGAUCGAGACGGAAUUGUGUGUGCGAGAGAAAGACAGCCGCCGCCGUUUACUAUAUAAUGAGUUUGGCCAACAAAACAUUAUCCAGUAGUGUGCCAACCACUAACCGAACGUGAAGGAAAUCGACACAGUGUUGGAAUAUCAACAACAAAAGCAGUUGAGACGACAGAAUUAUGAACGGAUCCUAUCUAUUAGGAAUCGCUUUAUUGGCGAUAGUUAGCGGUGCUUUUGCCAGUUCGCAUUGGAGUUAUGAAUGCCGUAAAAAUCAAUGUGAACGCGUUCAAUUGACUGAUGAGAAGACGGCCGUCAGUUUGCAAGUAUGUCGGUUAUUUUGCGGUGAACAUCCCGGAACGCUGUGGCCACGUGUGAAUGGCAAAGCAACGCUACGAGGCAAAAUGGCUCGGCUCAGUCCGACCGAAAUCCAGUUCAAUUUAAUCAAUCAAUCGAAACGAAACGAUUUAUUCUGGCGAUCGAAUGAGCAACGAUUGCGCGAACAAAUUUUAGCCAAAGUGCCGAAUUAUACGAAAGUAAAGGAUGAUGGCAGUGCCGCUCAUUUGAUGAUCAUGAUCGAUGUUAAGGAUGAAAAUGCCAAGUUAGGCUUAGACACAAAUGAAGCAUACUUAAUUCAGGGCUACGAAAAUACCGGAGUUGUCAUUAUGAAAGUAAAGGCUGACACCAUUUUCGGCGCACGUCAUGCGUUAGAAACCAUUUCACAGUUGAUUGUCUUCGAUGACAUUCGACGGGAAUUGCAAGUUGUCGGUGAUUUCGAAAUUGAAGACAAGCCCGUAUUCCCACACAGAGGUUUCCUAUUGGACACAUCACGGAAUUACUUCGACGUUACAUCAAUUAAGCGGGCAAUCGAUGCCAUGGCAAUGGUUAAAUUGAAUGUGUUCCAUUGGCACAUGACUGAUUCACAAAGUUUCCCACUUGUACUUAAAUCACAUCCCGAUCUAUCCGAAAUUGGCGCCUAUGCACCGGACAAAGUGUACACCAUCAAAGACAUUAUCGAUCUGUAUCAAUAUGCUCACGUUCGUGGUGUAUUAUUGCUGCCCGAAUUUGAUGCUCCGGCUCAUGUUGGCGAGGGAUGGCAACGUAAAAAUGUGACUGCCUGCUUCAAUGCUCAGCCAUGGGUGAAAUACUGUGUUGAACCACCAUGUGGCCAAUUGGAUCCAACAAAAGAUCAUUUGUACGAUAUACUCGAAGACAUUUAUCGUGAAAUGUACGAUGCAUUCCAAAAGCCAGACAUUUUCCACAUGGGAGGCGACGAAGUGUCAACUUCAUGCUGGAACACAAGUACCGAAAUCCAAGAAUGGAUGUUGAAAAAAGGCUGGGGCCUUCAAGUGUCCGAUUUUAUGAAAUUGUGGGGUCAUUUCCAAGACACAGCUCUUGAACGUUUGGACAAAGUCAUCGGAAAGAAGGUGCCAAUCAUUAUGUGGACGAGCCAUUUGACAGAACUUCCAUACGUCGAACAAUAUCUCGACAAAGAAAGAUACAUUAUUCAGAUUUGGACAACGGGAGCCGAUCCAAAAGUAACUGAUUUAUUGAAGAGAGGUUAUAAAUUGAUUUUGUCCAAUUAUGAUGGUCUCUAUUUGGAUUGCGGUUCUGGUGCCUGGGUCACAGAAGGAAAUAACUGGUGUUCACCGUACAUUGGCUGGGAGAAGGUGUACAAAAAUAAUUUCACACAUUAUGGUGCAAAGCAUAAGUCACAAUUUUAUGGUGCCGAAGCUGCACUUUGGUCAGAACAAACCGAUCAUCACACGCUAGAUGGCCGAAUUUGGCCUCGUCUUAGUGCAUUAGCCGAACGAUUGUGGGCCGAUCCAUCGGACAGCUGGAGACAAGCAGAGCCUCGAAUGUUAAUUCAUCGUGAACGUUUAGUCGAUAACGGAAUCGCAGCCGAAAGCCUACAACCACAAUGGUGUUUACAACAUGAAGGGGACUGUCCAAUUAAUUAGUUAUUAAUCACGUCUAACGAUUAAGAGAAGAAAAAAAAUCAAAUCUAAAAUGAACAACGAGCUGUAAUGAUGGUGCGAGAUUACUAUCAAUUUUAAAUUAGAGGAUACUCAGAGAAUAAAAAUUGUCUUUUUUUCGAUCGAAAACAAGUUCUUUUCUAAAAUAUUUGUUAUUUUUUUGUACUAGAAUAAUGACAAAUAUAUUUUGAAUUUUAUCACGAAUAAAUUCAGAGAAAUAAAAUUUGAGAUAAAUAAAAUGAGAGCGAAAGAGAAAUCAAAA